GCAGAAUUUUUUAAAAGACUAUCUCAAGAUCUUAUCAAGCUUCUUGAAGCAAAUGAAGAAUACAAUGUUAUCAUCGAAGCAGGAGAAGCACCUGCCGCACAAUCAUUCAAAGUCCACAGCAUUAUAUUAUGCCAUCGUUGCCCCAUACUUUAUGAUGAAGUAAAAAAGGUUAACUUUAAUGAAAAAAAUAUCCGAGUUAUUACGAAUACUCAAAUUUCGGCAACUGUCUUUGAAGUCAUCAUAAAAUACAUCUAUAGUGGAGCCGUUAACUUGAAAAAUAUCGAACCAUCUACCAUCUUUGAUAUUUUAAUUACCGCCAAUAAAUAUGGUCUCACUGAAUUGUUACAAUACCUCGAAUUAUUCAUGAUUAAAAAUCAAAUCGCAUGGUUAGAAUCAAAUUCGUUCAAUGUAUAUCAG